UACUUGUAUUUAUUAGUUCGAUCAAUCUCUCCCUUUCUUGUAUGCCCAAGUUGCACCUCAAGCGUACUCCAGAGGAGCAAGCUGCUCAUCGAGAACGCAAACGGCAGAAGAAGCAACACAAACGCAAAGAGGCGACUGCUGACGACGGGCCGUCCUACGAACCCGACUACGAUGCCAUCCAAGCUGAGCUAGAAGAGCAGCGAUUCCGCGAGAGAAUGUCCAUGGCGUUCGCCGACGACGAACGGCUGGACUCACUAGAGGCGCGGUUCAACGACUUUGCACACAUCCCAAAGAGAUGGGGCGGCGACUCGACGAGGCCCGUCUACGACGACGAUGGCGACUUCAUGAAACUCGAUCCUAGGUACAUGGAUGAUGAGGAAUACGCAGAAGUGGAUCAGGGCUGGGAUGUACAGGAAAGCCCAUGCUCAGGAAUACGAAGAAGCACGCCGUCGCAAGGCAGAGAAGGCAUGCCCGACGUGCUCGAGAGAAGGCUGCUAAGGAAGAGAGCCGGCGACUCGAGCGCCAGGCGGAGGAAGAACGUCGGCAAAGGAGGAAGGAUAGAGAUAUCCGGCGACGGGAGCAUGCGCGACAAGAAUACGAAUCUCGGUGGAAGGAGCUCCUCUCUCUGCCUCCCGCUAAUCUCCACUUUGACGAUAUUCCGUGGCCCGUCAUGGCGCCACGCUCGUCCGUGGCAGUCGAGGACCUUACUCCAGAGGCGGUAUCCCUUCUUUCUUUUCUCAGAAGAGGCGAAGAAGGAGAGGAAGGACAAGCUCCGGGAGACGUACCUGCGCUUUCACCCCGAUAAGUUUGAGAGCCGGUUGAUGAAGCUCGUCAAGACUGGCGAGCAGGAGAAACAGGGAGAUGGGUAGAAUAAUUUAAUGGAUUAAUGCAUCUACAUUAACUAAACCAUGAACCAAAGAACGUCUUUUUCAGUCUCUCAAUAACGCCUUCCUUUGGUGGUGGACCCUCCUCGACAACAGAUUUCUCCUUCUUUUUCUUUGGCUUCUUCACUGGCUGUGGAGAGACCUUGG